UGGUUAUACAGUAAUAAAAGCUAGAUUGAUUGAGAUGUUUUUGUGAAUAAUUUCGCUGACAUUUGAAAUUGUAUUAUACAUUGUACAUUGUAUUAUAUUUUGAGUAAGAGCUUUAAGGAGUAAGUGACGUGACUGAAUGUCUACAGAUGAGUGAUUUCUAAAAAGGUUUGAUAUUCAAGAGCUUGAUAAACAUAGUCGAGCAAUGAUUAAUGGGGUGAAAUAUUAUAUCCAGGGACUUGAAAUAGAUUUCUGGAGCCAGUAGUAAAACGUAUCUGAUCAGGUUAACGCAUUGUUAAUUCGACACACUUCUGUGGAUUCCUUGGUUCAUAGGUACCAAAAAUAAAUGAUCCUGAAAGGGCUUUUAUAUAAUUGCAUUGCAAAACCAAUUAGCACUCAUUUAAACUUUGAGGUCUCCAUACCCUAUAUGUUAACAAUGCAAUGAUAUUCUGAUUCUAGACAGACAAGUACGUCAGUCUUUGAACAGGCAACUGCAGGAUUUUUUUUCCAAGUCAAGGGGAAACAAUCCUGGAUACAACUGACAAAAUGUACAAACCCUUGGAGUUACCUCCCUGUAGGAUUUGUGAUGGAGAAGCCUCUGGGAUCCAUUACGGAGUCAACACUUGUGAAGCAUGCAAGGCUUUCUUCCGUCGAGCAGUCAUGGAAAAGGAUAAAUAUCAGUGUGCAAAAGACAAGAAUUGUAAAAUCAUCGACAGAAAAAGAGGAAACUGCUCAUACUGCAGGCUUCAGAAAUGUCUUAAUCUGGGAAUGUCAAGAGAUGCUAUGCGACAUGGGCGCUAUACUGUAGCUAUUCGAACCAAAACUAUUCUGGAAGUUAAACAGCUGAAAGAAAAAGCAGAAAAUGUGAACAAAACACCAUGCCUGGAGACCUCUCCGACACCCAUAGCAUACAUUACAGACCAUUCACCCUCCAUCCCCAAACUAGACAAUCUUCUCCCUGUCAAUACCACCCUCCCUAAACCCCAGGGGUUGGAUGCUCCUGUCAUAUCACCAGCAGUACCCAGCAUCCACAGCAGUAAUUAUUCCAUUCCCAGUGUCUCAUCACAAACCACAGAGGGCAGUGUGGAUUUCAUUGCAUCUCCUGGAAACUUCAUGACAUUGUCCCCAGCUCCAUAUCAGAUGGAUGCAUUUUCCGACUCGGACAUCACCUCAUUAUUUGAAGAUUUAUCAUCCCCAUAUCUGCAUUCUGAGACACAGCAGCUUGAGUUUAAGAUGGAAGAUUUGGCCGAUUCUUUCUUGGAUCAGCCAGAGACUUCAGUUGACUUCUUGGAAGAUCUUACUCUCUCCCUUCAAGAAAAAUCCCCUGUGGAAGAUGUCACAAAAGAUGAUCCUGAUCAAUCUCCCACACGAAGGAGUGCUAGAAUAGCUGAAAAGCGACGUUCCUUGCUACAGGAAAUCCGCCCAGACGACGAUCCAUGGCUCUCCACCAUUGAUCCAGGUUUCUUUUCAACAACAGAGAAUGCUUUGUCAGUGCCCAUGACUAAAAAGCAGCGAUCAAGCCAGAGUGAAUAUGAGAUGACUGUAGAUGAGAUGGAACAAAUGAUUUGGACACUUGUAUGGAGCCAGGAUCAAAUCUAUCCCGAGUACAUCAAUUCCUUUGACAAAGAUUACAUUAAGAAGCUUCACACCGAAUAUUCUGAGAAAUACGACAUGAAGAACGAAUUCUUUGGACUGAAAAAACUGCUAACUACAGAGGAAUUUAACAGUUUUUACCUGGCCACAGGUAUCGAUGUUGACGGCAGAAUGGAAAUGAUUAAAAAAGCCAUUGAACAAAUACAGCAUGGUAUUAUGAAGUACAUUUCAUUUGCCCGAAUUAUUCCAGGAUUUGAGGACCUUCCAACAGAUGACAAAAUGGCUCUCAUUAAAGCGGCUCGCUUCGAGUACUGGCUAAUGGGAGAGCACGUCCACAUUAACACGGAGAUGAAGGUCAUAUACUACCCAGACAGCAAGGCUCAGCUGACCCGGGAUGAUAUCAUCAUGAUCUUUGGAGAGCCUGAGGCCGUGGACCGUUGUAUCGAGUUUGCAGCCUCCCUACAGAGACUGAAGCUGACAUACGAGGAGGUGGCUGUCCUUAAAGCCAUCAUCAUCACCUUUAGAGAUCGAGCACCAUUGCAGAAUCCUGAAAAAGUGGAGACAAUUCAGUGGAAGCUUGUACAGUGCCUGAAGUAUUUGAUUGCCAAGUUUCACAAAGAUGAGCCACAUCGUUUCUCAGCAUACAUGGACAAACUUAUUUUCAUGCGUGAACUUACUGAGAUAAACAGAAAAGUCAACGGAAGAAUGGAAAACCUGCACAUGUCCAUCAUGAAGCGGUACCCCCUGGUGUACGAGUGUAUUUCUCACGACGUACAGGAAAACCAGAAUGAUGCAGAAAACCAUAAAGCACAGAUGGACUUCUUCCAUGCAAAAUGUCCAGUGGUUUAGAUAACCAUGAAAACAUUUAGUCCUUAUGCAGUAACAGUUAAUGUGUUUUAUAUCAUAGAUUAUGUAGUUUGAAGUAAAAAACUAGUAACUUUGUUGUAUAAAUGUUGUUCCUGAUAUCCUCAAAACUGACGACUGCUUGAGGUGAAUUUUUUUUUACCUCAGUGUAUUUUUCUGCAUUUGUGGAAGAUAAUGAAUUAAAAAUCCUUUCUUGAAGAAAAAGGUAUAAGAUUUUAAGAAGCCAGUUGUAAGUGGGCUCAUUGUUUUCUUUGAGUUGAGGGAUAUCGGUUCAAAUUUAUUGUCACAAAUUAGUCACAAAAAACCAAAUAAAAAGUUAAUGUAUCAUUCAGUAAGAACAUGAACAUUCAAAUUUGUAAAUCAUGCUUUUAAGUAUGAUAGAUAAUGUAUUAGAAUUAUUUUAGUGAUAGGAUUUCAUUUGUUUUUGUUUAUUUAUUGUGCUAUUUACUUAUUUUGAUAGUUCUAGUUAUAUAUACUUGUUUGAGUGCAUUUGAGGUUUGUGAUGUUACCACUUUUAUUGUUGUCUUGUGGGGACAAGCUCUAAAUUAGCUUAAUACACUUGUACAUGUAUUAGAUAAACCAUGGUUUUCAUAGAUAUUUGUUUAACUAUCAAUUUUUGUUGUUAUGAUAAGGUAACUCACAAAAUUAUAUGUUUAACAAAGUUGGAGACUUGACAAAGAAUUUUGUCUGUAGGCUUUGGUUUGCAAAUUCGUGUGUCCUUAAAUUGAAUAGUAUAUUUUAAGAAUUAAUCUACCAAAAAUUGAUGACCACAGAUAUUAAUGAUACCAUGGUAGAUAAUAUAUAUGAACACUGUAUAUCUUUUUACUAGUACUAAGUGAAGUAGAAUUUGGAGCAAUAUGCGCACAAUUAAUUGCUUUUGCCUGUUCAAGGUUAUGCGGAGAUUCGCAGUGGUUUUAAGAAUCGGCAUUUUAUUAGUUGCAAUUACAUAACAACAACAACCCUCUGUUUCUUAAAUUAUGAAAGGGUAUAUUAUGUGAUUAAUGCUAAAUUAAUGUAAUGAUUAUUGUUUUAUAUUUGAUUUGUUUUUAAUAUAUUUUUAAUCAAUAUACUGUCAAUCUUUGAAUUAGAGAGUUUAUUCUACAAUGUAUUAGAAGGAAUAAGAAAACUUCAAUUUCGGAGAUUUCUUUAUGAAUUCUAGUGAUUUUGAGUAUGCUGAAUCAGCUACUAAAUAAUUGUCUUUACUAGCUUUGUAUUUCUGUAAAUUGAUCCAUUCUAACCUUGAAAGAUACACACAAUCCCAAAAAAAAACCACUUCAAAAGGGAAAUGGAAACAAUUACUGUAUACGUAUAAUGUUAGUGUGUGCGAUAUUUGGUGUAAAUUGAUUUUUCAACAUGUUAGCGUGGAUUUGAAGUAGUGUUUUUCCAAAUGUACAGGUCUAUAUAUCAUUGUGUAUGAUAUUUGCAAUGUACUUGAUUUAGCAGAAGCUGCAUUCUGCCAAAAAUACUAAAUAGAAUACACAGCCAAAUGUAAUACAUUGUAUGGUUACAGUAAAUCUAAAAUAUCUAGCUAGCAAAGACACAUUUUUGUGAUCAGAAUUAAUAUAUUAUUCAUGUACAUGUAUCUAAAUUAUAAUGCAAUAUGCUUCAUUAUCAGAAUAAUUGCUCUUUCUUUUAGAAUUUAAAAUCUGUUGUACACAAAAAGUAUAUAAAUUCUUAUAAAAUGUACUAGACUAUAAGAAGUAUGGUUAGGCUAUAAUAUACGAGUACAUUGUAUAAUUAUAUUUGUAUGACAAUGUUAAAAUGCUUCAAGGUUGCUGGUUCAAACUCUUUGUGGCUUUUAAUUUCAAAAGUCUUUUUUAAAAAUCUUGGUUAAUCUUUUUCUCAGAUGCUUUAGGCAUAGAUAGUCUGAGAAAAUUCGGGGGGGGGGGGGGGGGG